AUGCUUUCCGCCAAAACCGAAUACGCCUGUCUUGCUCUGGUGCGGCUCGCGGCUGAGCACGCUUCGGGACAGCCCGUGCAAGGGCGCAGGCUGGCGGCCGAGGAGGGGAUCCCCGAGGGGUUCCUCGUUCAGAUCUUGCAAGAGCUGAAGCGGUUGGGGCUGGUCGUGAGCACACGAGGGGCCUGCGGCGGGUACCGGCUGGCGCGCGACCCCGACGAGCUGUCGCUCGGCGAAGUGCUCGACCUUGUUGACGGUCCGCCCUCGGGAGCGGGCUGCGUAGCGAAGCCCUCGCCGCUCGGCGAGGCGGUCGCCGAAGCGUUGAUCGAGUCGGCCUCCGCCGAACGCCAGCGCCUGCGUGGCGUGACGCUCGCCGAUGUCGCCGCCCAGGCGACAGCGCCGGGUGGGAUGUACUACAUCUAG